AUGAGAGUCAAGAAGCCAACGUCAAAGAGGGUGACUACCCGUAUGCGGGAAGGUAUCAAAAAGAAAGCAGCGGCAAAGAGAAAGAAGGACAAGAAACUAUCAAAGAAGGAUGUUACUUGGAAGUCAAGACAUGUGAAAGAUCCCGGUAUCCCAGCAAGUUUCCCAUACAAGGACAAGAUAAUUACGGAGUUGGAGGAGGGAAGACGCGCUGACCAGCAACGGAAGGAGGAAUUGAAGUUGCAGAGGCAGUUGGCAAAGGAGCAAGCCUUGUCACGGGGUGAAAAAAUAGACGACGAUGAGAUGGAGGAGGAGGAAGAAGAAGAAGAAGAAGACGAUGGCGCAAACGGCCUUGGCGCUUUGUUAGAGUCUGCUCAACAGGCUGCCAAGGAAUACGAUGGAGAAGUUGACGACGAGAUGAUAGAUUCCGAGGAAGAUGUUGAAUACAACAUAAGUGACGUUGCCGCUGACGACGAUGACGAUGAGGAGGAAAAGGGGGCACUUGAAAAGUCGCGAAAGUCAUAUGACAAGAUAUUCAAAGCUGUGGUCGAUGCAUCGGACGUGGUGUUGUACGUUCUUGAUGCGAGAGAUCCCGAAUCGACGAGGUCGAGAAAAGUGGAGCAAGCAGUGUUGCAAAAUCCAGGAAAGAGACUCAUCCUACUCUUGAACAAAGUGGACUUGAUCCCCACCGACUCGUUGAACCAAUGGUUAAAUUUCCUCAAAUCGUCGUUUCCAACCAUCCCCAUCAAGGCGGCACCGGGGGCCACAAACGCAAAGUCAUUCAACAAGAACUUGACCAAUACUGCCACAGCAGAAACCUUGUUGAAGGCGUUGAAAUCGUACGCCAACAAGUCGAAUUUGAAAAGAUCAGUUGUGGUGGGAGUGAUUGGGUACCCCAACGUCGGCAAGUCCUCGAUCAUCAACGCCUUGACCAAGAGACACAACAAUAGCUCCAAAGCUUGCCCAGUGGGAAACCAAGCCGGUGUAACCACUUCAAUGCGAGAAGUCAAGGUUGACAACAAGUUGAAAAUCUUGGACUCUCCCGGAAUCGUGUUCCCAGACGAAAUCAUGAACACCAAGAAGCAAUCCAAGCUGCAGCAGAACGCCAAGCUCGCGUUGUUGUCUGCCAUCCCGCCAAAGCAAAUAACCGACCCCGUUUCAGCAGUGCAGCUCCUUUUGAAAAAAUUUUCAAACAACACCGAAAUGGCAGACGGCUUGAAAAGCUUUUACGAGUUGCCUCCAAUACCGUCCUCGGACUUGAACGAGUUUUCCAAGCAUUUUUUGAUCCACAUUGCCAGAACCAAGGGAAGGUUGGGCAAAGGCGGCAUUCCAAAUAUGCAAUCUGCCGCAUUGUCUGUCUUGAACGAUUGGAGGGACGGCAGACUUAUAGGGUGGACAUUACCAAAAGCUUCGAAACAGAGUGCAGAAGAACCAUCGGAUCCAAACGCUCCAAAGAGCUCGUUGAGAGGCGAGAAGGAACCACCAAAGGUCGAACAAACCGAAAUUGUUUCCUCGUGGGCCAAGGAGUUUGAUUUGGACGGAUUGUUGGGCGGUGACUUUGGCGUGUGA